AUGGAGAGUGCUGGGCUAUCUCCGAAUACUGUUGUCUACAAUAGCAUGAUAAGUGGCUUCAGGAAUCUUGAUAACCUGGAGGCAGCACUCAAGUUGUAUAAGAGAAUGCAGGCUGACGGAGUUCCUUGUGAUCUACAAACUUACACGACACUGGUUGAUGGUUUCCUGAAGGCGGGAGAACUAGUCUCUGCUACUGAUCUUUACACUGAGAUGCUUGCCAAAGGCUUUGUUCCUGACAUAGUAACAUAUGGUGUCCUAAUAAAUGGGCUUUGUAACAAAGGACAGAUGGAUAAUGCACAAAAGAAACUGGCAGAAAUGGAUAGGAAGGGCAUAACCCCGAAUGUUCUCAUUUACAACACUCUAAUUGCUGGGCACUUUCGAGGGGGAAACUUGCAGGAGGCAUUUAGACUGCAUAAUGAGAUGCUUGACAGAGGUCUCGUUCCAGAUGAUACCACUUAUGAUAUGCUCGUUAGCGGGAAAGUGAAGGGACAACGUUCAACAUCUACUGCUGGGUAA